GCAGUCUCGGAGUUUCAGAGGGGCUUGUACAGAGUGGACACACUCGCGACUUGGAGGUGGACGAGGCCUUCUCUUCAGGCUCAGCUCUUGCCAGGCCAACUUCAGACAUGUCUGACACAAGCGAGAGUGGUGCGGGUUCAACUAGCUUCCAGGCUACAGCUUCUGAAAAGGGCAGUGGCUCCAGAAUGCCUACUCUGUUGACAGUGACCCAGAACUCAGAAGUCCCAGAGACACUAAAGGCCUCAAAGGCUCCAGAGGUCUCCGAGGCUACAAAGGGCUCAAAAGCCUCAGGGGUCUCAAAGGCCACAAAAGUCUCAAAGGCCACAGAGGCUCCUGAGGCAGCUACCACCAAGGCCUCACCUGCUACACAGCUGACUGAUACCCAGGUUCUUGAAACUGCAAAUAAGAGCCCAGCAGCUGACAGCAAGGCCCAGAAGGCUGACCUGAAGGCUGUGACAACACCUGCCACUGAGACCAAAAAGGUCAGCUGUGUGGCUGAUACGAAGGCCAAUACAAAGGUCCCAGAGACUGAGGCUGCUGCCUCUCAGGCUCCGAAAGAUGAACCCGAGCCUGAGGUUGCAGCUGCCCAGGUUCAGGAGAAUCAGGAUACUCGACCCAAGGUCAAGGCCAAGAAAGUCCGAAAGGUGAAGCAUCUGGAUGGAGAAGAGGAUGGCAACAGUGAGCAGAAUCAGGAUUCUGGGACUACGGGUGGUCAUAGGGUCUCAAAGGCCCUAAUGGCCUCAAUGGCCCGCAGGGCUUCAAGAGGGCCCAUAGCCUUUUGGGCCCGAAGGGCAUCAAGGACUCGAUUGGCUGCUUGGGCCAGGAGAGCCUUGCUCUCACUCAGAUCACCCAAAGCUCGCAGGGGCAAAGCCCGUCGUAGAGCUGCCAAGCUCCAGUCAUCCCAAGAGCCUGAAGCAGCACCACCCAGAGAUGUGGCCCUUUUACAAGGGAGGGCAAAUGAUUUGGUGAAGUACCUGUUGGCUAAAGACCAGACAAAGAUUCCCAUCAAGCGCUCAGACAUGCUGAAGGACAUCAUCAAAGAAUACACUGAUGUGUACCCUGAAAUCAUUGAACGAGCAGGCUAUUCCUUGGAGAAGGUAUUUGGAAUUCAAUUGAAAGAAAUUGAUAAGAAUGACCACUUGUACAUUCUUCUCAGCACCUUAGAACCUACUGAUGCAGGCAUACUGGGAACGACCAAGGACUCACCCAAACUGGGUCUCCUCAUGGUGCUCUUGAGCAUCAUUUUCAUGAAUGGAAAUCGCUCCAGUGAGGCUGUCAUCUGGGAGGUGCUGCGCAAGUUGGGGCUGCGCCCUGGGAUACAUCACUCACUCUUUGGGGAUGUGAAGAAGCUCAUUACUGAUGAGUUUGUGAAACAGAAGUACUUGGACUACGCCAGAGUCCCCAAUAGCAAUCCCCCAGAGUAUGAAUUCUUCUGGGGUCUGCGCUCUUACUAUGAGACCAGCAAGAUGAAAGUCCUCAAAUUUGCUUGCAAGGUACAGAAGAAGGAUCCCAAGGAGUGGGCAGCUCAGUACCGAGAGGCAAUGGAAGCAGACUUGAAGGCUGCAGCUGAGGCUGCAGCCGAGGCCAAGGCGAGGGCUGAGAUUAGAGCUCGAAUGGGCAUCGGGCUCGGCUCUGAGAAUGCUGCUGGGCCCUGCAACUGGGAUGAAGCUGAUAUUGGACCCUGGGCCAAAGCCCGGAUCCAGUCAGGAGCUGAAGCUAAAGCCAAAGUCCAAGAGAGUGGUGGUGCCAGUGCCAGUACCACUACCAGUACCAAUGCCAGUACCAGUACUGGUGCCAGCGCCAGCGGUGGCUUCACUGCCAACAACAGCCUGAGCGCCACACUCACAUUUGGGCUCUUCGCUGGCCUGGGUGGAGCUGGUGCCAGUAGCAGUGGUAGCUCUGGUGCCUGUGGUUUCUCCUACAAGUGAGAUCAGAUACUGGUAAUCUCAGCAGUCUUUCUCUUCAAGUCAGGGUGCACCCUCAGAAACAUACUCAACACAGCACUCUAGGCAGCCACUAUCAAUCAUUGAAGUUAACACUCUGCAUUAAAUCUAUUUGCCAUUUCUGAGUUCA